UUAAGGUUAUUAAUAAUCUGCUAACCUGUUAUCUGUAUUUUCUAGUAUAUAUGGAGCAGAUUCUGCUUGUAUACUGGUAUAAUGGCUGCUCCACAUAAACUGGCAUCAUUUCGUCUCCCACCUUUACCAACUGUGGGUGAACUGAUCAAACUGUACAACCUGCGUGCUGAGAAACAGCUUUCCCAAAACUUUCUUUUGGAUCUAAGGCUCACAGAUAAGAUAAUACGUCAAGCUGGCAAUUUGAGGGGUGCCCAUGUGUGUGAGGUAGGCCCAGGUCCUGGUGGUUUGACAAGAUCCAUUCUUAAUGCUGGUGCUGCAGACUUGCUGGUUGUAGAGAAGGAUUCCCGGUUCAUCCCUGGACUAAAGUUGUUGUCUGAGGCAGCCCCAGGAAGGUUAAGAAUAGUUCAUGGUGACAUUCUCACCUAUAGAAUGGACAGAGGGUUCCCAGCAAAAAUCAGUAGGCGAUGGGAUGACGAUCCUCCAAACCUUCAUAUUAUUGGUAAUCUUCCUUUUAGUGUAUCAACGCCUCUGAUUAUCAAGUGGUUGGAGCAUGUGGCCAAUAGAACAGGCCCUUUCAGCUUUGGGCGCACUCAGCUCACGCUCACUUUCCAGAAAGAGGUUGCAGAGCGGCUAACAGCCAGCACCGGCAGUAGACAAAGGAGUCGCCUGUCCAUUAUGUCUCAGUAUCUCUGCACUGUACACAGUUGCUUUACUAUCCCUGGCCGAGCUUUUGUUCCUAAACCAGAGGUGGACGUAGGGGUCAUUCACUUCACUCCUCUGGUUCAGCCCCAGAUCCAGCAGCCCUUCAAGUUGGUGGAAAAGGUCGUCCGCAACAUCUUCCAGUUUAGAAGGAAACAUUUUUACAAAGGACUAGAAAAGUUGUUCCCUGAGGCGUGCCGCGUGGAGCUGACACAGGAGAUGAUCCAGAUGGCCGAUAUAGAUCCCACUCUGCGCUCCACAGAACUCAAGAUCCCCCACUUUAGAGCUCUAUGUGAAGCUUAUGCCCAUCUCUGCUCUCAGGACUCCAGUCUCAUCAACUACGAGUAUAGAGAGGAGCUCAGGCAAAACCAUCAGGAGAGGAGAAGUAAACUACUGGAUGGGAAUAUGAAAGCCAAGACUGCCAAAUAAGACAGAUCUACACCUUUUAUUACAUUAUGUGUGAACCAUUUUGUGCUCAAUGCUAAUGCGUGUUAAGCAUUGAAGUUGGGCAAUGAUUUGAGGACUACCUAGUCUGAGCCUGUCCCGUUGUGUUGGUCAGUAUCCGUUAGGGAUGGAACAAGAUCUCAGAAGCUGUGGUUCCAAAAAAGCACUGUUAUAAUCAUAGCAAAAAUACGAAAUUAAAAAAUAUGUAAGGAUAAAACUGUAAACUGGAACCCAUCUCUUAUCUCAUGUGAGGACAUUGACAACUUGGUCUGACCUUGACUGUCUGUAGCGGUCAGUAUCAAGCUAAAAACACUGGUGGCCUUGGAACUUGUGAUGCCUGUGCUGGUCCCCGGUCCAAAUAAUCGGCACUGGCAAAUGGACAAAAAAGGUCAUAAAAAAUUGUGCACUAAGAGCCUUUGUUCCUGCCAAAAGACACCGAACUGCUCUUAAGCCUUGACAUUUUCCACCUGGCAUAAGCAUGCAUUUUUAAAACGUUUUCCUUGCACCCUAGGAGAAAAAGGUAUACACUCAAAUCCAGCAGCUAAAUAAAGCAAACCUGGCUUCAGUCUACUCUUGGGCUCUUUUUCUGACUUCUAAAAGCAGAUAUGUAUGAGGAAAGCAGGUUAGCCACACACAGAACGUGUUAAAGUGAAUAUUAGUGUGCAAUAACUCUGCCUCCUCCUCCUCCUCUCUUCUGUCCCAUUUCUUACAUCCACUCCAACUCACAUUACACCUUUUGGGAGCUAAGAGAAAUGUCAGUGAGGAUCCAGGGUAAUUUAGAAAUGGGAACAAGGCAGCACUCACUGGCCAAAUUAUUCAAUAUGCCCAAAUUUCAUUCUUCAUAAGAGAAACUAA